AGAAGAGCAGACAGAAAGCGAAGGAAGCAACAAAGGCUUAGGAAGAUUCAGCAGCUGUAAAAGCAAAAAAGAAAGUUAGCCAGGACACAGACCUCAAGAUGGACAAAUUUAAGGCUGCUCUGCUCCUGGGAGGUGUGGGAGAUGCUCUCGGUUACAGGAACAUCAGCCGGGAAAACAGUGUUUUAGGCCCAAAGAUCCAGGAAGAAUUGAAAGAACUUGGAGGACUGGACAAACUCGUGCUUUCAGCAGAAAAAUGGCCAGUGAGUGACAACACCUUCAUGCACGUGGCAACAGCAGAAGCUCUCACCACAGACUACUGGUGCCUGGAUGACUUGUACCGUGAGAUGGUAAAACGUUAUGUUGAAAUUGUAGAGAAACUUCCUGGGCGGAGGCCAGAUCCAGCUACUGUGGAAGGUUGCUUACAGCUGAAGCCAGAUAACUACUUGCUCGCCUGGCACACCCCUUUUAAUGAAAAAGGUUCAGGAUUUGGAGCUGCCACCAAAGCCAUGUCCAUUGGUAUGAGAUAUUGGAAGCCUGAGAGGCUGGAGACACUCAUAGAAGUGAGCAUCGAGUGUGGGCGAAUGACCCACAAUCAUCCAACAGGUUUCCUGGGGUCCCUAUGCACAGCUCUCUUUGUUUCUUACGCCAUCCAAGGAAAGCCGCUUGUGCAGUGGGGAAGAGAUAUGAUGAAGGUGGUGCCGAUGGCUGAAGAAUUCUGUAAAAAGACAAUUCGACAUAUGGCAGAAUACCAGGAACACUGGUUUUACUUUGAAGCCAAGUGGCAGUUCUAUUUGGAGGAGAGAAAAAUUGCUGAAGACCAAGAUAGUAAAGCCACUUUUCCUGAUCAUUAUGAUGCAGAGGAGAGAGACAAGACUUACAGAAAAUGGAGUUCAGAAGGUCGAGGUGGAAGAAGGGGCCAUGAUGCACCAAUGAUUGCAUAUGAUGCUCUUCUGGGAGCAGGGGACAACUGGACAGAGCUCUGCAACAGGGCCAUGUUUCACGGAGGUGAGAGUGCAGCUACUGGGUCUAUUGCCGGAUGUAUAUACGGCCUGCUCUACGGCCUGAACAAUAUUCCCAAAGGCUUGUACCAGGACCUGGAACACAGAGAGAAGCUUGAGAAUUUGGGCGAAGCACUUUACCGCAUAUCCACAGAAGAAAAGUAAAGCAGUUUCUGCCACUUUCCCCUUCUGUAGAGACUUACCAAGUCCUAUGGGUAACCCCUUAGUUUUCACAGUGCAGGCUAAAUGAGCUUUUUAUUUACAUAAUAGUGUAUGUGUGCAGUUUUCAACUAGCAAAGAGGUCCACUCAUAAUUGGCCACAGGCAAGCACGACCCCACAGCCCAAUUUCAAGGAUUUUCCAACAUCCUAAUUGCUGUGUGAAAUACAUUUUUGUCCUGUGAGAAUAUUCUUCUUUUAAAUUAGCUGAUCCAAACCCAUUUUAUUGUGGCAAUUAUACAUAAUUUGCCCCCACUCCAGCCUCCAAAGAAACCAAUCAUCUCCCGGACAACUGUGUAUUUUACUCGUACUGCAAAACUAAUGCUCUCUGCUCUGUUAUUUUGACAAAGCUAACGUCAAUGGCUAUCCUCAGAAAUGUCUCCUGUAGAUUGUAAAUUUCUUCCAUCACCACCAUUGGCUUUGCCCAUUUAGAUUUGCCUUUUUAUGAAUUGCACACAAGCAAAUUGAAUGCUCUCCAAAGAUUUAUUGAUAAAAUAUCAAUUCCUUCUUGGUGUGAUGAUGCUUCUGUGUUAUUGCUGGAGAUGUUUCUAUGAUGGGGGAAAAAAUUUCGUAAUUUUGUGCACUCAGGAUGCAGCCAAAUGACACUGUGUUUAACAUUUCCAGCCUGUGUUUUUAAUCACACUAGAUCUUCUAGAACAAACUCUUUUUUAAGCAACUUCCCAAGCAAACUAAGAAAUAAACGGCUCUCGUGUUGCUCACAAACA